CUGGGUACCCCUGGUGUAACUCUCACUCUCUUCUGUAAAAAAUACAGAUACUUGUAUAGAUGUGGGGCCACUUAUAUACAACCUGUCACAACUGAGAUAAGACAUAUGUGAGGACAGUGAUAAGGCAAGACAAAGCAGGCCACCACUAACCCAAGACAGGGCACUGACAACUCCCUUGUUCAGUGCCCAGCCAAACACCGUGUUAUAGAGUGAUCCUAAUAUCGUUCUCUGCCAAAAAAAGUUCCAAAGUAUUGCUACACAAGUAGUGAAUACUUUUAUUGAAAAGCUACAACAAUUAUCAAGGGUUGCACCACAUUUGAAAAACUGUGUUAAUAAAUUGCCUUCAAAGUCAUGUGGCUGUAACCUGUUUAAGUGAAAUUUUCUGCCAUAUCUGAAGGCUGGAGCUGGCAACUAGAACAACUUAUCCAGAAUGGGAAACUGCUGCCACAAGGGUAAACAACGCUUCUCUGAUGAAACCAACAACGUCAUGCCAGUCACAGGAACUAUAGGUGAGGUAGUGGAUGCAGGUGCAGGCACAUCAGCAGUUGUACAAUGGGAGAGGAGACAGAAGGAACUCAACCUCCAAGUUAUGGAAAAAAUGCGUGAAGACUUUCAUAACCGACCUGACAAUUUCCUUCUCAACUUGCUUGUAGUUUCAUUUCAGUUCUACCAAAACUAUGGCAGAGAAAAAGCAGAUAUCAGCAACCACAUCCGUGACAGGGAACUAGCGCUUGACUGCAAAUUGUCACCAUCUAAACGAAAGAUCAUCUAUCAAGGAGGGCUUGAGGAGAUUUCUGGAACUCAUGUACUCUAUCAGCCCAGUAAUGAGCAGUAUAUGGAGCUUCCAACACCCCUACAGAUCUAUGUGGUGCAAGACAAUGUGGAGGUGUAUUCAGAGGAUCAGUAUGAGGAACUACAGAAGAUGAACUAUGCUGAUGUUGACGGCCCUGCCUACAGGUUCUGCACCGAAUCUUCACAAAGACACAAAGGAUAUGUGAGGCUUCGGUGUGCCGAUAUAAUUCCUGCCAUGUCACGUCAUAACACGUAUGAAGACAUUUACGGUUUCAUGAAACCCUCGGAUGAGUCGCUGCCUGAUCCAAUAGUCGAUAUAAGACCUCUUCGUCGUAAUUCUCAAACACUCUCCUCCAACGAUGAUAACCCCAUGACUAUGACACCAGACUCAUUUAGCUACACAAGAUCAAUAUCAUCAGAAUUUGAAGAUACCGAUGAUGAUGAACCUCCAAGUCCACCUCCUCCCCAAAGGUUGACAGCUCGACGAUCCAGUGGAGUUCUACCAGAGCACUAUCCUACAGGUAAACUUAAGGAGAGAAUAAAUAAAAUGAAGGAAGAAGCUCACGAACACUUUUCAAAUGGACAUCCAGGUGCGCAAAUAAGACCAACAAGACCAAGGAAUUUAACAGAAAGACGACCAAGUGGCGUCUUCCCAAAAGUAGGCCCGGAUAUGGACCGCUUAAGACUUUCUUCCAAACAACGACAGUUGAUGAGCACUCGAGAUGGGAUGGCAGACAUCAUAAAAAAGUUAUCAAAAGUUGAAGAAGACAGUGAGGAGGAAGAGGAGGAUGAGAAACAGGAAGUAAAUGUUAACAUGAAAAAAAUUUCUCAUGAUGAGUUUCAAAAUGACACAAACACCGAGACAAAUAUAGAAAUUAAAAAAACAAAAGAGGUUUGUCUUGAAGCACGACUGAAUGAAGAUUGUUUUUUGACUCGGAGAUUAAGGAUGAAGGAACAAAAAGAUGCUUAUGGCAUCACAACAAAAAGUGAGAGGAGAACAUAUUUUUCAUCAGAAAGAUAUCUGGAGUGUUUUGAAGAUGAAUUUGAAGACCUGGCAAAGAUUUUAGGCAAAGAACAUCUGGUUGAUACUUGUAAAAUGUUAACCCCUGCAGUUCUUGCUAAUGAGCUCAUGAUUGAACAUAUUGGACCAAAAUUCAACACUGAAUUCAUCCCUACUAUGAUCCUGAAGGAGUGGCCAACUUGUGCAUUUGAGUGGAAGCUGCGGGAACGAAGACCACGGGCUGACCCAGAAACUAAAAUGGUUUACAAGUGGCCUAAAGAUCAAAACAUCCAAGAAGCUGUUCAAUUGGGUUGCAACCUUGUACCUCUUGGUCACUACAAUCCAAAAGAGCCCAACAAGGUUAUGAAAAUUGAAUGGCAGAUUCAAUUUGCAAAGGGUGAACAGAUUCUUCUCGAGCCUCGGACACACUCAA